GAAAAUCGAGGGCGCGCUAAGUCCUCUAGUUGGCGGCUAAAGGCCAAGGAACUGACCGACUCAACGACCUUUUGGAGUUGGUAGCCCAGACGAGACGAUCCGAAUCAAAUAUUUAAACAACGCAAUUUUUGUUAAUUCAAAUUUCACAAAACGCUAAAAUUCGUCGGCCAGAGACGGGACAGUCUCAAAUGGCUUUCAGUUCGUCAAAAAAUCCGGUACUGCCAGUGGCGGAUCCUCCAAGAAACGAAGAGAAACACAGACUUCUUAAAGGAUAUGAAAAACUAUCCCAAGGAUCCGCCAUGACUAAAAGAGGCGCCAACGCUGCAAUCUCUUACAUGUCUUGUGCAGUUCUCCUGAUAUUAUUCAACAAGGCAGCUCUUUCUUCUUAUGGUUUCCCAUCUGCAAAUGUCAUAACCCUUCUUCAGAUGGUUUGUUCUUGUUUGUUUCUCUAUCUGUUGAGGCGCUGGAAGAUUAUUACUUUCUAUGUGGGUGAAUCUUUGCCCACUUCUGAUAGUAACUCAAAUUUUAUAGCCUUUAAGAUGUUGAUGCACACCCUUCCUCUGGCAGUGACCUAUUUGUUUUACAUGGUAGUCACUGUAGAGUCUGUUCGUGGAGUAAAUGUUCCCAUGUACACCACUCUUCGGCGUACUACAGUGGCAUUUACUAUGAUUGUGGAGUAUGUUCUGGCUCGACAAAGAUACACACCUCCUAUUGUUGGGAGUGUGGGAUUGAUUGUUCUUGGUGCAUUCGUUGCUGGAGCUCGUGAUUUGUCAUUUGACUUCUAUGGAUAUGCAGUUGUUUUCUUAGCUAACAUUGCCACAGCAAUAUAUCUGGCCACCAUAGCCCGUAUCGGGAAGUCCAGUGGCCUUAAUAGCUUUGGUCUUAUGUGGUGCAAUGGAGUCAUAUGUGGACCAUUUUUGUUCAUUUGGACACUUAUUCGUGGUGACUUGAAGAUGGCAAUACAUUUUCCUUGUCUGUUUUCACUUGGUUUCUUGAUUGUGCUGCUCCUUUCCUGUACAUUGGCCUUCUUCUUGAAUUAUAGUAUAUUCCUGAACACGACUCUUAAUUCAGCACUCACACAGACAAUUUGUGGUAAUCUGAAGGACCUUUUUACAAUUGGACUUGGCUGGGUACUUUUUGGUGGUCUCCCAUUUGAUAUCUUGAAUAUUAUCGGGCAAUUUCUCGGUUUUCUUGGCUCUGGUCUGUAUGCCUACUUCAAACUUGUAGGGAAGUAAGUGGUUGUCCAUGUCACGCGGCAAUGAGGACCUUACUGAAGAUCAGCAUUAACUGCCUGUACCAAAAAAUCUGAUUGACAGCUUGUUGAUUGCUAAAAGAGAUGCAAUUUCUGUAUUAGGAGAUUACUGGCACUGCUUGGCGAGAAAAGGGCAAUUCAAAUUUUUCGAGGGAAUCAAAGUCUGUCUGGUGGGCAUUUAUCCAUCCUGCGGUAAUCCUUGCUGUUAUGUUUUAUAAUUUUCCAAAUUCAAUGCCAUUGUAAAUAAUGAUGCUCUAUUAUCCGACUUAUUGUUCCUUUUCGUUCACUUUUUUGGUUGAUUUUGUUACUCGGAUACAUUAAAAUUUCCUUGUGGUUUAACUUUGAAUUCGACUUAAAUUCAGAAGGGCUUUUUGUCA